UGUAACAUUUCAAAAAGGUAAAAGAGUUGUUUGUGGGGAGAUUCAGAGUUAGUUUUCGUAGCUUUUCUUCUGGACCAUCCCCUUCUCCUCAGUGUGAUUGUGGAUAGCUGUGCUGCUGUACCUUCUGUUUUUAUCCAUCGUCAUGCAAUCACGGAAGAGACGCUGGGACGAUAGUGACUCGGACGAAGAAGCAGUUGAACCUGACUCUUCGAAUCAGCCAUCCUCUAAGAGACGAUUUACUGGUCUCGCGCAGACAUUGUUUGUGCCAUUCAGGUGGGUGGCCAAGCAGCUAUCGUCCCUGUUUACCGGUAAUGAGCAAGACUCCAGCGAUCCUCGAUCGUCGGCCAUUGUCGGCACAGCUGUAGCGCCACUGCUGCUGCCGCCGUCUGUUGUUCUCAGCGGUGAAGAGACCACCGGCAGUGCUGGUGGUGCUGGUACUGGUGCUCGCACUGCAUCCACAGGCACCCAUCACUCCUCCGCCUCGCAGGGACUAUUCUCUGGUGUCCGACGACAUCACCGCUACCCACAGCUACACGCCGCCAAUAGCGCUGCCGCCACUGCUGCUGCUGUUCACGCCAUGAGCUCGCCAAACGGCCCUGCCGUACCGCCGUUUCACUUCUCCCCGUCGCCAGUUGGCCGCGGACGGGGCACAGCGCUCUCCUCUCACCUGACCAAUGCAGCAGCGGCAAACCGUCUUCCCUCGUUCAGUGGUACAAGCACUCCAACUGCUGCCAUGUCAUCAGCUCAAGCCAUGGCGCCCGCUGCAGCUUCACAGCCAACGGAACAGCAUGCCAGUGCGGAGCUUGUCAACAGCACCGAUGGAAACCCUGCACCGGGCCCACAUCAAGCACCUUCUUCAUCCCAGGCGAGCUCGAAGAGUUUGAAGGCCUCUUCGGCUUCGAGUGCAACGGCGUCAACAGCAAGAACGUCAGCACCUCUGCAGGUCAGCGCUUCACAACCAGCCAACUCUUCAGUUGAUACUGGUUUUGACAUGCCGAUCAUCCGUCCAGUCCAAGCAACUGCACGAUCCCAUGGGGCUACUAGUGAGAAAUCUCGCCAACGUCGUCCCCUCUUUGCCAAUGAUACUGCACAUCUGAAGGAAGCCGAUCGCUACCGUCGUGUUCUACAGCAGUUCUCAACACCACACUCUCGCCACAAGAGUCAAGAUGCGGUGAGGUUAGAGGAGCGUGAUCAGUACCGUUCUCUUCUACAGCAGAUUACAUCACCACCGCCGACACGCAGAGGCAGCAGCAGUGGAGGUGAUCAUGUAGAGAAAGAGGAUGGUGCUGAUCACGAUGACCAUGUACCGUAUCCUUCGUCGAUUGUCAAUCACGCUUCUUCUUCACCCGGUCAAGUUGAUGACAGCGAGGUCUUGAUCACAUCAGAGGUGCCAGGCAAUCCUAACCUUGCCUCUCCAACGCAUGUUGUCUCCUUCCCUCGUCAUGCCACAUCGCAGCCUCACCAGUCAGCCGCGGAGACUAUGUCCGCCCUUCCGGCGGCCCACAUCGUCUCGUCACCGUACGGUUUCGAGGUGGCCGAUACAGCGCGCGAGCCCCACGCUACCUCCCCGCAGGCUAGCUAUGUGUUCCUGCCCCAGUCGUCAACAGCUCAGCCGCCGUCGCACGUCUAUCCGACAGAAGACCGGCGACGUAUCCAGCAGCAAAGUGCCUCAGCAUCACACGUGUUCCGCAGUCCCAUGGUGUCGCACGUGACCGCACCGCCUCGCCAUAUUCGCCCCGCGCCGACGUUUCAGAGCAGGCCGGUCGCAUCGGCCGCGCCCACCACUGCUGCCGCGUCGUCGAGGAUGCCGUCCACUCGCGGUGCUGGCUUCCGUCACUCAUCACAUGAUGAACCUGGAUCAGGUGAUUACAAUGCACGUCACCGUGACACCGCCUGCCUGCUGUCUGACGACGGCGACGAGGAGCAUGAAGAACCUGCCGUUGCCAGGGGUAGUGAUGACAUCAGUACAGAAAGGACUGGGUAUCAUCCCGCACCUGCUGCUUCACGUUCAUGGGCAAAAAUUUCUUCUCACUCUGGCGUGAAGCAAGCCAUGUCGACAGAUUGGAUCACCAGUUUGGUAUCUGAUGUUGAUAAUGUGUUGAAAGAACGUCAGCAAAGGGCUGACACACUGGAGCGAUCCCUGCAGAAGAUGAGAUUACAGAGAGAGGAGAAAGAACUGGCAGAGACACAACAGCUGAAAGAAAGACUUGAAACCGUCCGUCAGCGGAGUAAAGAUAUGCGGCUCAUUGAUGCUCCUCUUCUCGAUGAGGAUGAGGAAGAGGAGGAAGAGUUACCGGAGCUCACCGAGGAGCAGGAAGAGAUGGUGAGCAAAGCGCUUCGCCGCUCUGGGUCCCAGUCUCAAGUACUGUCCACGGCCUUCAACAUUGAUAUGGCGCGUUCUGAUAUCGCCACGCUCUCUGGAUCUGGAUGGCUCAACGAUGAGGUAAUCAAUUUCUUUUUCCAGAUGAUCAAGGCACGUAACGACGCCGAUGAGGAUCUUCCGUCUGUGCACGUAAUGUCCUCGUUUUUCUACCCCAAGCUACUGUCAACCGGCUACACCAGCAUCAAGCGAUGGACGAGAAAGGUGGACAUCUUCUCAAAGGAUCUAAUCGCUAUUCCUAUUCAUUUGGGAAUGCACUGGUGCUUGGCGAUGAUAGAUUUCCGUGCCCAGGCCGUGACUUACUAUGAUUCUCUGCUGGGUGAUAACUCACAGUGUUUGAGUAGUCUUCGCAAGUACAUUCAGGACGAAAGCAAAGAUAAGAAGAAGACCGAGUUUGAUUUGAGUGACUGGACAUUUGACCAAGCUACGGAUAUCCCAGAGCAGAUGAACGGAUGUGAUUGCGGUGUAUUCACCUGUACAUAUGCGGCGUAUCUUACCAGAGACAAGUCCUUCUCUUUUUCACAGGAUGACAUGGGAUACUUUCGCCGUCGCAUGGUGUACGAGAUUCUCAGCAAGAAGCUCAUGGUGUGAUGCGGAUGUGCGUGCGUAUCCACCUUGUCCGUCACGGAGAGCACUUCUAGCUUGAGCCUUUCUCUAUGACUGGGUAAGCAUUCACCGCAGCUUGAAACAAUGGCCGCAGAGUCACUGGCCGUACAGUCUAAGACGGCUCGACUGUGCUGUGCAUAUGACCAAUAUCCUGCCCACUCGUCCAGCCUGGAUUCCGCUCGGCUGCCUGAAGUGUGUGUAUGUGUGUAGCUGAGUGAUUCAGUGCUGCCAGCGCGUGUGAAAGAGUCCGCAGUGUCAGCAGGUGUGUGGCUGAAAGAGUCAGUGCUGCCAUCUCCGUCGUAACCUUGGUCACCACCUGCUGCUGCUGCACAAGCAAUGCCAGUGCAGUGUGCCUGCAAUAGGAUGACUCUCAGCUGGCACUGCACCGGCGCAGUGUUCUUGCUGCAGCAGUGACGACACUCACUGCCAACACCAACACCACCAGCAGCAGCACCAGCAGCAGCACAGCACUGAGCAGCAUUGACUACAGCGAAAGCUAUCCAGCAGCCAAUACCUCCGUCCGUGGAGCAUCGACUGCAGUGAAAACCAGCCAACAGCCAACAUCGCCAUCCGUGUAGCAUUGACUACAGUGAAAGCUAGCCAGCACUGCCAAUAUCGCCAUUCGAGUAGCAGCCGCCUUCAUGUUUUUAAUGAGAUGUACAUCGAGACGGACGUAUUGCCAGCGUGCACCGGCCAACUAGCCACUUGUUGGCACGUCACUGGAACACAGAGCACCUUGGGGUCCCCCCCCCCCCCCCCGCGGGGUUCUAGUCGCGUGUCAGUCAUUGAUUGCAUUGGUCACCAAGUGUGUGCAUGCGUGUGUGUGUGUGUGUGUGUCUGUGUGUGUGUGUGUGUGUGUGUGUGUGUGUGUGUGUGUGUGUCUGUGUGUGUGUGUGUGUGUGUGUGUCUGUGUGUGUGUGUGUGUUACUGUGUACAUGAUGUAGACUCUAGCCAUCUGCAGACCAACCAACUAUCACCUCCAACUUCUCUUUGCCAGUUGUUUUUACUUACUUACUUGAAGUACCUUUUUUUUUACUGUUCCAUACAUACCUACUACUACGAUGCUGGUGCUGCUGCUGCUGCUGGUGGUGUAGCUAGCUACAUGACUGUACAGUGCUGCUCAAUGAAAUCCAGUCGCCAGAGUCAAGUUGGCGCCGUGCACCUGUUCGCAGGUCUAG